AACAUAAACCUUUUUUAUUUUAUUUUUCUCUCUCUUUGCCUGGUUUCUCAAAAAUGCUGACUGUAUACUAUUACUUUGCAGAGCAACAAUGUUUCGGUUGAAAUUUGGGCAGAUAGCAUUUCAUUACAACCGUUCACCGAAGACCAGUGGAGGGAUCUCAUCAAGACCAAAGCAUUCAGAAGGGAUUAAAACUUUACUGAAGUUAAAAAUGAAGGUUGGAGAGAGAAGUAAUAUGCUUCUACUGCUAUUGUGUUCUCUUUUUUUUUCAGUGUUUUCAGUUGAAGCGUUGUCUUAUGAUUACAACGUCUCUAUUGAGUGUUUGGCAAAUCCUCACAAACCCCAAUAUGGUGGAGGAAUGGUGGUGAACCCGGAAUUAGAUGAGGGCUUGGAAGGGUGGAACACAUUUGGAGAUGCAAAAGUGGAGACAAGAAUAUCAAGAGGAGGCAACAGUUUCAUUGUUGCUCAGUAUAGAAACCAUGCACAUGAUAGUUUCUCACAGAAAUUUUACUUGGACAAAUCCAAGCUCUACACCUUUUCUGCGUGGUUACAGAUCAGCCAUGGAAAUGCUGAAGUAAGGGCCACAUUCAAAACACCAACAGGGUUCAAACAUGCAGGCUCGGUCAUUGCUGAGUCUGGGUGCUGGUCUAUGCUUAAGGGUGGCCUCAUUGUAAAUGCUUCAGGACCAGCUGAACUUUACUUCGAGAGCAACAAUGUUUCGGUUGAAAUAUGGGCAGAUAGCAUUUCAUUACAACCGUUCACCGAAGAUCAGUGGAGAUCUCAUCAAGACCAAAGCAUUCAGAAGGCUCGCAAGGGCAAGGUGAAACUCCAAGCUGUGGAUGCAAAAGGCAAUCCCUUAGCCAACGCCACAGUUUUCUUUACGCAGAAGAGCUUAGGAUUCCCCUUGGGAUGCGCCAUCAACGACGAAAUCCUAAGAAACACUGCCUAUCAAAACUGGUUCACCUCAAGGUUCAAAGUGACCACAUUUGAAAAUGAAAUGAAGUGGUACAGCACUGAAAAGUCCUGGGGCAAGGAGGACUACUCAGUGCCCGAUGCCAUGCUAAAUUUUGCUCAGAAACACGGCAUUUCAGUCCGCGGCCACAACGUAUUUUGGGACGACCCCAAUUUCCAACCAUGGUGGGUGAAAUCACUGUCACCGAAAGACCUCGGAACAGCUGCACAGAGGAGACUCUUUUCUAUUGUGAGGCGAUACUCCGGGAAGCUUAUUGCUUGGGAUGUGGUAAAUGAGAACCUACAUUUUUCGUUUUUGGAAAGCAAGCUCGGAAAAAGUGCUUCUUCUGGCUUCUAUAAGGAGGCUCAUGCGCUUGACAGUCGAACCACAUUGUUCUUGAAUGAUUAUAAUACAAUUGAAGAUAUGCGUGAUCAUUUAUCUACACCGGAUCAGUAUCUGAAAAAGGUUCAAGAGAUUCAAAACUCGGGUUAUAAUGGGCCUCUAGGAAUUGGGCUAGAGGGGCAUUUUAGCAUUCCUCCGAAUCUUCCUUAUAUUAGAGCUUCCAUUGAUAAACUUGCUGCCGCAAAGUUGCCCAUUUGGAUUACUGAAUUGGAUGUCGCACGCAGCAUGGAUCAGGCAAAAUACUUGGAGCAGAUUUUAAGGGAGGUACAUUCACACGGAGCCAUAAAUGGAAUCGUGAUUUGGUCAGGAUGGAGACCGGGGGGCUGUUACCGGAUGUGUUUGACGGACAAUAACUUCAAAAACUUGCCUACAGGAGAUGUGGUCGACAAGCUCCUCCGCGAGUGGGGUGGUAAGGAGGACUGGGAGGCAGGCACCACAGACGAAGAAGGUUACUUGGAGACUUCGCUCUUUCAUGGUGAUUAUGAAGUGACAGUGGCUAAACCAGCUGCUGUGAUGGCCGAUUCCUCCGAGCUGCAGGCAACUCAGAGCUUCAAGGUUGAAUCAAUGGAUGAAUCCCGUGAAACAACACUGCAUGUCAAAGUUUCUGCAUGAUUAUUUUUUUCAUUGUUAAAUCUGGAAAUGCAUUAGAUUAAUUUUGAAGGUCGAUUCAAUUAGUGAUGGUAUGUAAGCUAGCUAGGUUGUUUUACAUAUAUAUGGUUCAUUCUACUUGCAAAAGGACAAAUCUCCCCACAAUAAGUCCUCAUAAUAAAGCAAAAGAAUGAAUACCAGCUAUCCUGAAAAGUGUUUUAUUGAAGUUUGAAUGAAGUUUAUUAUUCCCCUAUACUGAUUUGAUUGGUUGUAAAUUGUAAUUAUAAGCUGAUCUGAUUUAAUUGACUUGUGAGCCGUUGCAUAUUUUCAAAAUUACAGAAAAUCUCAGAGUAGAAGGUGACUGGUUGGUUAUGGAAUUUUUUUUUUUUAUUUUUUUUUUUUAUCAAAAGGAAAAAAGAAAAAGUGCAUUUGCAACAAAUUGCAUAGUGUACUUUGAUUUUUUUUUUUUUAAAUAUAAAUCUAUAAAAUACCUUUAAUAAAAUUUGUGUAUAAAUGUUUCUUUUAUUUUGUUUUAAGGGUUUUUAGGUUUUUUUUUUAUUUUUAAAUUGAAAAAAUAUCUUUAUUUGCUCAAUUUGAAAAAUGUAGUGGAUUUUUUUUAUUUUUUUUUAUCCCAUUUGGAUAUUUUACACACUUUUAAGCAGUAAGAGAUAAAUUCGAGUCUCACUCAA